AUGAUAGAUAUUCUCUACCGUUGUGUAUAUCAAAAACUAGUUGUAUUACCUGAUGAUAUGGAUGACGAAGAUACUACUCAUGGAUCUGAACAAUACCACAAACUAAUAGUUGACUCGACUUGUAUCUCAAUUGAUCAACCUGAAGAUCGUGAAGAACGUAAAACCUAUUACCACGGGAAAAGUCCGACUAAUUAUGGGUUUAAAGUGCAGAUAGCUUGUGAUUUUCGUCAUCAAAUUGUACAUGUCUCGGAGUGUUUUAAAGGCAGUGUACACGACUUAACCAUUCUCAGAGAAUCCGGGCUCUUAGAAUGCGUAGAAGACAAUGGCCAAAUCAUUGCUGAUAAAGGUUAUAUUGGUGAACCAUAUGUAGUAACUCCGAGAAAAAAACCUCGCGGUGGUGAACUUACAACCGAAGAUAAAGAUUUUAAUCGAAAUAUCUGUUCCGCAAGAGCAGCUAUUGAAAAUAUCAAUCAACGUAUGAAACAAUACGCGAUUAUAGGACAUGUUUACCGAGGAUCUUAUGGUGACUUCGACAAGAUUACUAAAAUCACACGCGUAGUUUCUGCUCUUUGUAAUCUUAAUUUGGAUAAACAUCCUAUUCCCAAGGAUUGA